AGUAGUGGGCGGCAACAGAGAUACUUUUGAGGAGAUAGGAAACUCCUUGGAAUCAUAUUUCCGUCCGCUGUGUACGUUUCCCGUUCGUAAUAUCUCUGGCGGCAACACAACUUUUCAGGAAGUAGUCCGUCCUAAUACCACACCAAAGAAGAAGAAGAACAUUUUGGAGCUAUGAUUUGGAGCUUGCGAACAUGGAGUCACUGAAGGGAUGUCGUCUUUGCCCCAUAUAUUUAUGCAAUUUCCUUUUUGUUGUUGUUUGUUGGCAAUCUACUCUAGCUGGUGACUGUCCUGCAGAUGGGCGCACCUGGGUGCCUUUCAGACAAAGAUGCUACCACUUCAUCCAUGGAGAAGAAGACGUGGCAAAAAGCUAUACGAUUGACGCUGCGAAAAAACUCUGCUCAGGAUAUGAACUGUUGAGUGUCCAAAGUGCAGAGGAGAAUAAUUUCAUCACCAAGUACAGUCCGCAGGUGUGGAAAGGCAACAUACACGUGUGGUUGGGCAUGUAUUAUGACAGUGAUGAUGAGGACUUUAAGUGGCAAGAUGAAACGGGUCUGAGCUUUAAUAACUGGGGGAAUAACUCUAGUGAGUCUGAAUUGAUUCCCAUGGACACCUGUGUGGCCAUGCACAGCAGCACAGGGGAGUGGAUGAAAGUCAGCUGUGUCGAAAACCCAGAGAAUGGCGUGGUCUGUGAAACUGCUGAAAAGAAGGACGGCAAACUUGCUCCCAGUCCACUGCUUUCGGCUCUGGUAAUUCUCAGUGUGAUCGGAAUCAUGGGGAUCUCUGCAGUCUUUUGGUUCCUGUACCAGAAGCACCAACACGGUACCGUCCUCACGUCAUUCGAGUACCACCCCCCGUUCAGGUCUCCCACCUCUGACGAGGCCUGCCUAGUGGAGACUGAUGACAUGGCUUAGUGGGAAGUCCUCUUAGAUUAUGCUGUGUGCAGUCACUCUUGGAGGAGAGGACUCGGAGAGAAAAAGGUGACCUUAAUUGAGGCGGGUUCCAUUGUCCAGGAGAGAUGAUUUGACAGAUAAAAUAACAUACUGCGAUGGAAUGACACGUGGCAAAACGUUUACCACCAACUAGAGCCACCGUCUGCUUAGGUCCUUUACACCAUUGCCUGUCUGAAUGGGCUCCCUUAUGGAUAUUGGGUCCGUCUGCUUAGGUCCUUCACACCAUUGCCUGUCUGAAUGGGCUCCCUUAUGGAUAUUGGGUCCGUCUGCUUUUUUGAAGAUGUAUUAUUUUAAUUAUGGAUGUUUGUGUUUGCCGAACAGGAUCCUAAUGAAAGUGUGUUUUCAGAAAACUUUCCUUCAGAUAAUCUGUCUUCAUAGUUCAGGGUGCCCUAAAGUCCAUUACUGUGAAUGUAGACUAUCAUUUGCUUGCAGUUAGAAUUAAUUCAAUAUUGAAUUGUGAGAAUCGCUGUUUUCAAUCUUCAAAGACAUUCGGUCUCCUGUUGUUUUUUGUCUGCAUCUGCAUACAAUUUGUGGUCUUUGUACUGCAUGGCGAGUCCGAUUUGAAAAGUUAUCAUUAUCAAACAUCUUCAUGUUCUAUUGCCCUUGUAAGUGUUCAUACUUUUCAAUGAGUUUCUCUUCCCCUAGUGUCCAGGCUUCAAAUGUCUUAGUUCUCGAUUUAAGAGAUAAAUACAAGUAAUUGAAAUUAGAGGGAUAAUCCAUCAUUUAUAUCUCAAACAAACAGAUUAAGGCUUGUCAAAGAGACAGAUUCAACCCGUGUGCAUUUUUUCAACAAAGAAAGGGGAUCUCUGCGGACCUGUGUCCCAUUGUUUGCAUGCUGCUGUAACUUAGUUCAAAGCAUUCUGUGGCGAUUGUCAAUGUACUGACAAGCUUUUACAGAUGAUUACAUUUAUAAUAGAUAUGAUUUUUUUUGUGCAUUAGUCUGUAGUGAGAACAUUUUAGUGAGUUUCGUUUGCCUUUGACCUGAACCAUCUCCUUGUUCUGACUUCCUAAAUAAUCAUUUAUUUUUUUACAAAGCUAUUAAUCCAAAUUAUAAUGGACUAAUUUUGGUAUGGUCAGUGCCUUUACUAAUGUAUUAGUGAUCCAGUAUGUUACAGUUUGUGGAGUGGGCCUAAAAUUGUGUAUUGACAGAACUACACCCUCAUAAGGUCUUUUGAAUGUCUGUGAAAGCUUUUUGCUAAUUACUGUGCAAUAUUCAUUUAACGUGGCUUUAGCUAAGCCCUGUUUGUUACUCAAAAUAAAGUUUGGAAAUCACCUGUGA